AGUCCACUGCACCCUGGAGAUACAGGCCUGAAUCUAUGGGUCUUCCAAGCCCCCAAGCCAGUGGUGGCUGACACGAUCCGCAUAGUUAAUAUCGAAACUGAGUGAGAAGCACUUCUCUUUGAGUUGUGGAGAUUUUAGUCAGUUCCUCAGCGAUCACAGAUGAGGAGGAAGAUGGGAAACGUGUUGGAUGUACAGUCAUUGCCUGAUGAUGCUCUGGUCAAAAAGGUGGAGAAUGUCAAGCUCAUGGACCGCUUCAAUGCGAGGAAGCCAGUGGUUGGCACUCUGUACCUUACAACAACGCAUCUAAUCUUUGUCGACAAUGCGGGCAAGCGAGAAACAUGGAUCCUACACAUGCACAUGGGAACUGUGGAGAAGAUGCCAAUCACCACCGGUGGCUCCCCUAUCCAGAUACGCUGCAAGAACUUCAUGUGCAUCAUCUUUGUCAUCCCCCGUGAGCGAGACUGUCACGAUAUCUUCACUUCCCUUCAGGAGCUGUCCAGGCCAGCCAACAUAGAGAAACUGUAUGCAUUCCACUUCCUGGUGUCGGACAACACCACAAAGUCGUAUGGCUGGGAUUUGUAUGACAUACAGACAGAGUACCUACGUAUGGGGGUGCCCAAUGAGAACUGGUCCCUCACAAGCCUCAACAAGGAGUAUGAACUAUGUGAUACAUAUCCCAGUCUGCUGUAUGUUCCUGCCUGUGCCGCUACACCAGUGUUGGUCGGCAGCUCCAAAUUCCGGAGUCGUGGGCGUCUCCCAGUACUCUCCUACCUUCACAGAGAAAACCAGGCUGGAAUUACUCGAUGCAGUCAGCCGCUAUCUGGAUUCAGCGCUCGCUGCGUGGAGGAUGAACAGUUGCUGCAGGCCAUUCUCAGAGCCAACCCUAAAUCUAAGUACAUGUAUGUGGUGGACACGAGGCCCAAGAUCAACGCAAUGGCCAACAAAGCUGCAGGGAAGGGAUAUGAAAACGAAAACUUUUAUUCCAAUAUCAAAUUCCAGUUCUUAGGAAUAGAAAAUAUCCAUGUAAUGAGAAGUAGUCUACAAAAGUUGUUAGAUGUCUGUGAACUGAAGAACCCAUCGAUGAACUCCUUCCUGUCGGGUCUGGAGAGCUGUAACUGGUUGAAGCACAUCAAGGCAAUGAUCGACACAUCGGCUUUCAUAGCUAAUGCCAUUACCGAAGGCACAAGUGUAUUAAUCCACUGCUCUGAUGGAUGGGACCGCACAGCCCAGACCUCUAGUCUUGCUAGUCUGAUGUUGGAUCCUUACUACCGGACCAUACAGGGAUAUCAGGCACUGAUAGAGAAGGAGUGGCUCUCUUUUGGGCACAAGUUCACUGACCGGUGCGGCUUCCUGGACACCGUGGAGGCGAAGGAAGUGUCCCCCAUCUUCACCCAGUUCCUGGAAGGGACCUGGCAGAUGACCCAACAGUUCCCAUGUGCUUUCCAGUUCAAUGAGAGGUUCCUGCUCACGAUCCAUGACCACGCCUACUCCUGUCAAUUUGGGACUUUCAUCGGCAACUGUGAGAAGGACAGGCUGGACUUGAGGUUGAACGAGCGGACGUACUCACUAUGGGGUUACCUUGCCAAACAUAUGAAUGAAUACAUUAACCCUUUGUUCAAGAAGGAGUAUGAGAUUUCACACCCGGUGCUAAUCCCCAACACUCGGCCGCAGUGUAUAAAGUUCUGGAAGGGCAUGUACAACCGGUUUGAGAAUGGGAUCCACCCCCGGGAACAUGUGCAGGAUAUUCUGAGUGCAGCCAAAGAUCACAGCUCCUCUCUGGAAGACCAUGUUAGGCUACUGGAGAAGAGAGUGACCCAAAUCUGCAAGUUGCUGGGCAAAUCUGAUGAGACCAUUCAGCGCAAGCUUCAGGGCUUCCUGUCAAUGGAGUCCCUGGAUGGGUUCCUUGCUGGCCACAUUGAUGAGUUGACGCUGAAAAUAGCUGAAGCCAACCACAACGACAUCGAAUCAAAAGACGCUGACCUGUCUGGCAACCACGUUAAGAGUGACUCGGAGUCAGGCUUCGACGAGUCGAGUUCCCAGAUGUCCCGAUCGGGUAUUGAGGAUGGGUAUGCUAUGGACAGCAGUUUGCUCCACCGCUCCCCGAGUUCCGAGACUCUCUCGCUUGACCAACUGCUGAUGGAGCUGAAGACCGUGGCUGUAGAGUGGAGGUCAUUCCGCAAUGUCCACAACUGCAGCUGUGCAACCCCCUUUGACCACUAUGUCAAGAAGGAAUUUUCACUAAAGUUUCACUGCUGGAAGUGUGGCGAGGUGUUCUGCACGCGCUGCAUCGCCCGCUACAUCCCGCUCCCCGGACACUACUCGCGCCGGCCCGUCCCCGUCUGUAAGCCAUGCUACCGCCAAGUCCGACACUCGCCGUCAAUGGAGUUCCCCACCAGUUGAUGUCGAGACCACUAGACACCAACAGCCAUGCCACCUAGACCUGUUUAUUGUCUGUCACACCGCCACUUCAUGGCCUCCUUAGAAUCCUACAGGCUUCAGUGUGCCACACCUGUGUACAGUAUUUAUUGAAGCAAAUGCUCGAUGUCAAUAGACUAUUGAUACUCUCUUAAGACAAUUACAAUAUGUGUGACAUGAAACUUAAUAGAAUUGAAGAAUGAUUUCAGGUUCUAAGUAUAAGAUUGGAGUUAUUGUUUUGUUCGGUUGUGAUUAUGAAUGUACAUAAGUAGAUGGCUUUUUCUCUCCAAUCUUAUCAGGUAAAGUAUUAGGUUGUUGAGCAUCAAUAAUUGAAGUGUAUUGGUUGUAUACUCCCCAGGGAGCUCAGAAUGAAUAUCGAGUGCACACUGAUCUAUUGAUGGGGGUGAUAAGGUCUAUGCGCUUCGAACAAUCUUAUGCAUGGAGUACAGUGCUAUGUAAAUGGACUAUUAUUAAUAUCUCCACGACUCAUCUGUCGUGUGUUAACGUGACUUCAGUUGGAUCACCCAGAGACCAUACACCGAUGUGUGGUCCCUGGGUCAACUCAUCAACAUAUUCCUCAUUUUGUUUCUCAUUUGCUCAGCCACUGCUCGAACUUCCAGAUAAAGUCAAGGGUCCUUCCUUGUUAUAGUUCUGGUGUUAUGUGUAAUAACUGUUAUCAUUUGCUUCAAGUACUACAACCCAAGUCCUCAUUGACCCCAGGAGCUCCCUUCAUUUCUUACAUUGCAUGGGAUACAGCUUGAAGCUAGUUAACGCUAAAUGUUUAUGUCUGAAGCAGCGCUGUGUGAUAAGGAACAUUGUGUGUUGCAAUCCAAGCUAUGAGAACAGAUAAUUGUGCUGAAUCCCCCUUGAGACACAACAGAUAAUUGUGUUAAAUUCCAAUGAGAUACAACAGAUAAUUGUGCUGAAUCCCCCUUGAGACACAACAGAUAAUUGUGUUAAAUUCCAAUGAGAUACAACAGAUAAUUGUGCUGAAUCCCCCUUGAGACACAACAGAUAAUUGUGUUAAAUUCCAAUGAGAUACAACAGAUAAUUGUGCUGAAUCCCCCUUGAGACACAACAGAUAAUUGUGUUAAAUUCCAAUGAGAAACAACAGAUAAUUGUGCAGAAUCCCCCUCAAGAAACAACCAAUAAUUGUGUUAAAUUCCAAUGAGAAACAACCGAUAAUUGUGUUAAAUUCCAAUGAGAAACAACCGAUAAUUGUGUUAAAUUCCAAUGAGAAACAACAGAUAAUUGUGUUAAAUUCCAAUGAGAAACAACAGAUAAUUGUGUUAAAUUCCAAUGAGAAACAACAGAUAGUUAUACUGAAUCCCUGUGAAGGAACAGGCCAUCAUGUGUAGGGAGUCUAUAUAUCAUGUUUGUCCAGUGAUAGGAAAGUUUUCUCAUACAUUGUCCAACAUGUGAUAGUGGGUUGGUUUGUUGCAACACUAAGUUCUUUCAUUUUCUUCAAUGCUUUGCAUAUCACUUUGAUGUUUUUCUACCUGACCACAUCCAUUUCCUGUUUUUUAUAUUAAUAAGGUAUUUGAACAAAUGAUGUAGCAUGUUGACUUAGUUGAACAUUUGUCUUGUUUGAUUCUUCUUUAAACCUAUCAAGCUUCAGUCACUCGUGUCUUUAAUUUUAACCUUUGUGAAAUGGCCUCCUCUGUGAAUGAAAUUGUACUGGGUGCAGUUGAUGGAAAAUAAGUCGGGGACCUAAAGGGUGCCAUAGUUUGAAUGAUUAAGGUACCGUAUUUACCAUAUUAAGUACCCUGCUCCCUCGCCAACUUCUAGACCAAUUUAUACGUCAUCUUUUUCAACGUGCCUCCUUAGACCGACAACUGACAUGACAGUCUGUAUUUUCUUGUUUAUAUGACAGAUUUGUUGAAAACAGCAGUGUAGAAUGCGUAUUUAAUGGCCUAGGAACUAUUAUCGUUUGUUUCAUUGACAUUUGAACUAAUUGUCUACCACCACUCAAUCUCUGACAAAUUUAGAUCACUGUUUAUAUAGCUCAUUACAGUGAGUAUGGAAGUUCAUAAUAUAAUGUUUGCAAGAAUGUAUUUACAUGCAAAUAACUAUUUUAAUCAAAAUGCUCAUCUUGUAAUCUACAAUGAAUUUGCUCCUUAAUCAUCAGCCUGGCCUUGUAUGGACAGUGAGGUGAAUGGGUGUGACACUCUGCCUCUCUUAGUAACAUGUUGUUGUAACUGAUUGAUGAAACUACACAGACAAGUUAAAUGUCAACAAUUGCAUCAUUCAAACAUUGGAUACAUGCAGCCAACACAUUGUGGGGUCUGGGUCCGAACAUUAGAAUUAUCAGGCUACAGUGUAGAGACAUUCCCUCACUCACCAUUACAAGCCUGUCCUGUGCUAGGAAGCACCAAAGCCAUGUAACAGAUCAUUGAUGUGUAUUCUGAACCAGCACCACAGUUACAGAUUCGGUCACAAGGUCUUCAGGCAACGGAAUUAGACACCACUUUCUUGUUCCUGAUGUACUGGAAGUAUUCAGCCUUGGCUGCAUGUUGCCAUCACUCUGUGUGUAUAUAACCUGUGUAUAAACCAUACAUUUGUAUAUACUGCAUGGCAUUGUGAUUAUUUUGAAGAAAGUGACAAGUGCAAUAUUUUGCGAAAAUAUAUUUGUUUGUGUUAAUUUAUUUUCAUCCAUGUAUAUCAGGUCAUAUCUAUAGACACGAUCAAGAUUUAAUUUGAAGAUAGAUAUUUGUGUAAUUAUUUUAGUACUGAUAUGUAUGAUUAAGUAUUGACUGAAGUACUUGUGCGAGGAUGCUGAACAGACUGAGCUGGUGGAUAGUGGAAGAACUGGGUGAGCAUUCAUCUUGACUGUAGUACAUGUGUUUCCCUCAGUAGCAGCCUGUUCUGAACCUAGUGCUCUUCCUACGCAACACUCUCAGUGCUAUGUACCAAGCAAUAGAAAUAACGGACAAAGAAGAUAUCAGUCUGUUAUCAUAGUGAAUAAUCAUCUUAUGUCUGUUAGUUAUUGCAGUGUUAUCAGUGGUGACAAUGUAGUAUCAGUUAUCACAGAGUGUUAUCAGGGGUGACCAUGUGAUAUCUGCCAGUUAUCUCAGUGUUAUCAGUCAAGGUCAGUUAUCACAGUGGUGACCAUGUGAUAUCAUUCCACAGUGUACACUUUAAGUAUAACAUUUUGUUGGUAGUCAUCAUUUUGGGAGUAUUGGUGAUAUUGUUCAACUCUAACACCUUGGUUAUCAGGUUCUGUGGCAGUGAUUACUGGGUAGUAUUGGUUAUCAUGUUGGCAUGAAUUCAUGUUCCCAAGAAAGACGUUCACCACUGUGAUGCUUUCAUAUGCCUAUAAACAAAUGUUCACCAACAAAUUAUGAUCAAAAUAGAUGAGACACUGUAUGUAAAUUGCAGUCUAAUCGUCUGAAAUCAUCUUCUGUUCAUCUGUAAGUUCCAUAUCAUGUUUGACCAUUUAGUAUUUGCUACAUUUGGCAGUCAACCAUUGAAGCAUAAUUAUGUCCUUAACUUUGCAACUGUACCAAAAUAUUCAUAUUCAUUUUACUUGAGGGGCGGUCUGGUAGCCUAGUGCUUAAAGCGUUUGCUCGUCACGCCGAAGACCCUGGUUCAAUUCCUGACAUGGGUACAAUGUGUGAAGCCCAUUUCUGGUGUCCCCCAACCAUGAUAUUGCUGGAAUAUUGCUAAAAGCGGCGCAAAAAUAUACUCACUCACUCAUUUUACUUGUGGCAAGAAUUCACUACAUUCAUUAUUUGAGGCAGAAAUAUACUAUAGUCAUUAUUUGAAGCAGGAAUUCACCUUAUUAUUUUGAUUUUUGUGGUUGAUGAUGCAUUACAACACAGCAAAACAUUCCGUACUUCAGGAGCGUGUGGCUUGUACUUUCCUGUGAUGUUAUGAGAAUGUGUUUAAUUUAAUUCUACAGUGCCCACAGGCUUUCUGUGCUUGCAAACCAACCAGGAUUGUUUAUAACCUGUAAUUUCAGCACUGUGUAGUCUAUUGUGAACAGUUGUUGCAGCCACUCUGCUUUCAUGGUGGCCUAUGUGGGCACCAAAGCACGACAUUUCAGCAUGGGCUGAUGUCUUUGAGUAGUGAAGUUGUCUCUAAGCCUGGUUAUACAGCUAUAUCUGGCUCAGGGGACUCACAUCUGUAUAGGGAGCAUCAUGUAAUAUUACAUCUUCUAGUCAAUAUUUUAAGAACAAACAUAUUCACUGCAGGCAUGUUUUUCUAGACAAUAUCAUUUCUCCAAAUGAAUUAUUAGGAAACAGAUGAGUGAUAAAAUGUCUGUGUUAUUUAAAUGAUGAAAGUGAUAUGUCUGGAUUAACAACGUGUCCACAUCUGUGAGAUACCUGGAUUAGAAAUGUGUCCUGCAUCUCUGAGGUAUCUGUAUUAACAAGGUGUCCACAUCUGUAAGGUACCGAAUGAGCAAGGUGUCGAAUUCAUGGGCUGUCUUGAUAUGUCCAGAUAUGUGUAUUGGUAUAGGUUUGAAAUAUUUGCAGACUAAUCCUAUAGAUGAAAGAAUUCAAAACAUUUGGAUUUUACUAAUGACAUUUCAUUGUGUAACACAAUUAAUUUCUCAAGAUUAUCGCCAAAGGUUUCCUUGUGAUGGAGACGGAGUAGCAGCCUUUACUGUCUCCUGUUUGUCAUCUUUGCUUCAUGAUCGUCUAUAUCCAGACUGCUCAGCAUUGACAGCAAGUUGAGUGGCUGUCCACUACUGUCUGUAUUCUACACUGAAAUGUGCCAAGGGAGGUGAUGACGUGAUAUGUACCACUGUAGUCACGUACCAGUACAUAGGGUUCUUUGUUCUAGUUCUACUGUGUAGAUAAUGCCAUAAGUUAUGUACAGACUAUACUGUCUCAUGUAUCUUCUCAUAAUACUGAUGUAUAUAUUUGUUGAUUAUAGCUCAAAUAGUAAAUAAAUGACAUCAACUUGCAA